GCAGGAGGUAGUGGUUGCAGCCUGGGGAAGGGAAAGUGUUGCACGCGCGUCAGAAGAAAAUUUGACUCAAGUUCCUUACCGGGUCUGUGGAUCCCUCAAGUUUGGCUGUUCCGGGGCUCCCGGGACCCUCCCUGGGCUCCUCUGUAGGACCGUCGAAACGCAAGAAACGCCUCAGGAUGAGAAAACUGGUUCUGAGUCCUUGGGUCCACGUUUCCUCCAGGACACGUUUCUUCAGGCCUCCCAAAUUGCGCCAGAGCAGAUCGCAGGACCGCGCCGUUUUGCCGAUGCAUCGGCGAUGCGGCUCGAUCUGGAACCCGUUCUUCUCCAUCCCGCCGUCGCCGAUGCAUCGUCGAUGCACCGGCGAUGCGGCGCGAUCCUUCGACCCCAUCUGCUCCGGCCCCAUUCGGGAAGCCAAAAGGUGACGAUAUCGGGAAGGCCGUGCAUGAGAUUCUGGGGAGCGAGGCGCUACCGCAUCAAGCGUCGCAGGACCUGCAGACGCGGACUGCCAGGCGGCGGAGAGCCCUCCGAGCCUACGAUCGGCAUCGUGGAGCCGAUAGUGAGUCAGUUGCCGAAGCCCGAAAAGGAAACGCUCAUGCAGAUCUUGCGCCUGCUCUCGGCCCCCGUGUACUCCUCGUGGCUGCCGAUCCUCAUCGGGGGCUCCGUCUUUGCGGGCAUCCGGGCCCGCGGCCUGCGCCAGGCCGCCAAGGGCUCCCAGGCGCUCCUCGAGUACCUCUGUACCCGGACCGUGUUGCUCAAAAGCGCCGACGCCGUGGCGUCGAUCGGCAGGGCCAUGGGCGAGAGGGGCGUGCUGCAGAGCGGCAUCCAAAGGGGGCAGGGAACCCAAAACAGACCAAGAGAGAGGGGCUUCUCCAGGGUUGGUCAGGGAUCCCGCCCUCGAGGUCAAUCCCUGACCCAGCCCAGAUCGCCCCCUCCCAUUCUUCUCCCUCCUCCGUCUCCCCCUCCUCCUCCUCCUCCUCUUCCUUCCUCCCCCUCCUUAGCUCGGGGCGUGGCCGCGGGGGGACCGGAGCGCGGACAGCAAGGGGCGCCGGAGCGUGGUGGGCCAGAGCCGGCGGCGCGGCCCGCGAGGCCGAGGUCCCUGACCGUAGCACGGCGCGCCGCUUCCUGGCGACCUUUUGGCGAUCCUCGAUCGCGUGUGGCAGGCAGACGCUCGCCUCGGGCGAGGGGGCGGGGGGAAAGGAGGGGGGGAAGGGGAGGGAAGGGGGGGGCGAGGGGGAGAGGGCCUGGCCAUUAAAAACACAACGCGGGUACGAGGAACGCGCAGGCACCUUGACCUCGCGGACGGGCGCCCCGCCUGCUCAGUAGUAGGUGCCGUCGUUUUUGCCCUGCGCGUCCAGGAUGCCCUUCCAAUAAUCUGCCUCGUAGGCCUUCUUCGCGUUGGUGUCAACCUGCACCUCGAUGUCGCCGCCGAAGAAGCCAGAACGCGCCUCGAAGAUCGCCAGCUUCUUCUUUUCGAUCACCAGGCCAGUGAGGGGACCGAUGAUGGGUGGGCUAGGGCACCAGUCGAUCAGCUCACCGUCGCCAACUUUCCACGACGAGCCAUGCAGCGGGCACACGAUCGUAUCGCCGAUGACGUCAGCACCCUCGCUCAUCGGAGUGCCGAGGUGAGGGCACAGAUUGCCCACGCAGAAGAGCUUGCCGCCCUCCGUCUUGCCCACCAGCACGUCGACGCCGCCCAGGUUGAUCGCCCGGAGCUCGGUGGGGGCGAGGUCGCUCUCCCGGAAGCCCGUCUUGAUCCACGCGAGCGCCGGCAAGAUGGUCUGCGUGGUGUACCUGGCCGCGGUCUUCGAGGGCCUGCCACGUCCAGCGCCGAUCGGCGCCACGAAGGCCCGGCUGCGGUAGAGAGCCAGCAAGGCCACCACGGCGAGGGCGCAGGCCCUGGAAGCCGAGCGCAUGGUGCCUGCGGGCGUGUCGCGUGCUCCGUGGAGCGUGCACCGAGGGCUGUCCACGGAAUCCGAGCGCAAACGGCCACGGGGACGGGACAACGCCAGACAGGGCAGAAGAAGAGAAACGUGUUCACCACAAACAAAACACACCAACCGACGGCCAAGGGUCCGCGGUGACUCCUUGGAUCGGCGGUGGACUCCCCCCUCCCCUGGCGCGCGGGCGGCGCCAGGGGCGGCGCCCGAGGCACCGCCAGG